UUCGAAUCCCCGGCGGACCCCGUUUUUUUACCGGCCUUGCUUUGCCGCUCAUUGUAAUAAACCAAUCACGAGGCUCCAUUUUCACUAAUGACCAAUCCAAGUGCUUCGCGGCCUCAACAUGCCGACGGGAGGAAACAUGCUACCCCUACGAAGGCCAUUUUGGUUUGGAAGUGAUGGUGUGAACUUUACACACUUUGAUCUAAACACUGAAGCCGACGAUAACGCAAACGAUGUAAGUGAUGUCGAUUUUCACCAUACCAAACAAUCUGGUAGAGAAAUAACAGAAGUAGAUCCUGAACAUCACGAUAACUUCGAUGACACCUUAUCCUACAGCGAGAUCGAGGCGAAAAAAUCCAAUACACUAAGAAAGAUGUUUUCAAGUAGUGAAAUUAAAGAGUUGCAAGCAAAAUGUGCUAAAAUAAUAAGAUUUAGGCCAAUUACAGAGUAUAGAGUUUUAGAAAGCUUGGAAGGUUGUGAAUUGCUGGGAAAAUACUCAUUUGCUCAACUGCGUACUAGACAUACUUACGAAAGGAAACAAUAAGUUUUUUCCACAUUUAGGUCCACUCCAGUUUGCGUCACAUACUAUUCAAAUAGUAACGAUCAAAGGACUAAGACUUUUUAUGUUUACCCCUGUUUGAAAUAUUUUGUUUUAGUUGCUUUCUGGUACAAAUAAAUUUUUGUUGCAACAACGCUUAUUUUUUUCAUUAACCGUUAUGAUUGAAUUUCUAAUUAUCUUUUCAAUUGUAAACGAACCCCAAUACUUUCCAUAUGUUCUUAACGUACUUUUUUAUUAUUAUAGGGCUGGUGUUAAUUACGUGGUGUAGCUAUUAUUUUUAUUUGUAAAUAGACAAACCAAUACUCUCUUUGUAAAAAACAAUUUUUUUAGAAAAACAAGUUGGUUUAUCAGACUAAAAGAAAGAGAAAAUUGCA